GUGAGAAACAGGUUAGCCAAUGAACGGCCAGAAUGGGGAAGGGGCGGGGCCUAGAGCUCCGAUUGGCAGGCGACCAACCAACGGCGCGCGGCCCCUGCCGCUCUUGCUCCACGUCGGCAGCAUCGUUGAGGGCAAGAUGGAGGCGCUGAUCCUGGAGCCGUCCCUGUACACGGUGAAAGCCGUCCUUAUCCUGGAUAACGAUGGCGACCGCCUCUUUGCCAAGUACUAUGAUGACACGUACCCCACCGCCAAGGAGCAGAAAGCCUUUGAGAAGAACAUCUUCAACAAGACCCACCGGACGGACAGCGAGAUCGCCCUCCUGGAGGGGCUGACUGUGGUCUACAAGAGCAGCAUCGACCUGUACUUCUACGUCAUCGGCAGCUCCUAUGAGAACGAGCUGAUGCUCAUGGCUGUGUUGAACUGCCUCUUCGACUCGCUCAGCCAGAUGUUGAGGAAGAACGUGGAGAAGCGUGCCCUGCUGGAGAACAUGGAGGGGCUCUUCCUGGCAGUGGAUGAGAUUGUGGAUGGAGGCGUGAUCCUGGAGAGCGACCCCCAGCAGGUGGUGCACCGAGUGGCUGUGCGGGUAAGUGAGUGCCUCCCCGGAGCAGCCCCGCCCUCUCCCCACUCUGAGAGCCCCUCCCCCUGGGGAGCAGAGCCCAGCUUCUGUCCCAGUAGGCUUCUCCUUAUUGACUUGCCCAUCACCAUGCCAACUGCCCAUUCUGCCUCCUGUUGGGCACCCAGGGCAGGAGCCUGCUCCCCCCGGAAUGGCUUUGCCCUACAGGGUGGGUGGGGGGAGAGGAGGCACGAUUCCUCAGGACACAAUGUACCCCCUGCAGCACUCCUGCCCUUCCCAGAGGCAGCCCCCAGGGCCAGCUCCUGCUUUCCAGCUCCCGGGGGCAGGGGUGGCUGUGAACCACACUGGGGCUGAGCUGGGGCCUGACUC